AUGUCUUCGGCAAAGAACAUCCCAAAGACCGCUAAAGGCGCCUUUUUCGAAAAGACCGGAGGAGAAGUAUCAAUCCAGGAGUACAAGGUCAAUCAGCAAUCGGAGCUCGAACCGGGUCAGGCGUUGGUGAAAGUAGAGUAUAGUGGGGUUUGUCAUACGGAUUUGCAUGCACUCUGCGGUGGACACGAAGGAGCGGGUAGGAUCGUCGCGAUUGCGGAUAACACUACGACGGAUUUGAAGGUCGGGGAUGCUGUGGGGAUGAAAUGGCUGGCCGACUCGUGCAUGCACUGCGCCUACUGCCGUCAAGGCUACGAAUCCCUCUGCUCUCAAGCCAAGUUGCACGGGUUCACCCAUGAUGGGACGUUCCAGCAGUACGCGGUCUCGUAUACCAACCACCUGACUAGGAUCCCGGAUGGUUUGGGGCUGGACGAGGCGGCUCCGGUGCUCUGUGCGGGGGUUACGGUUUAUAAGGCUAUCAAGCAGUCGGGGGUUAGGGUCGGGCAGUGGAUCGCUCUGCCCGGGGCGGGAGGAGGACUUGGUCAUCUGGCCAUCCAAUACGCUCAAGCUCAGGGUCUUCGUGUGAUCGCUAUCGACACCGGCGAAGAGAAGAAGAAACUCUGCGAGAAACUCGGAGCGGAAGUCUGGAUCGAUUUCAAGGAACACGAGGAUAUCGUCAAGGCGAUCAAGUCGGCCACUCCGGAUGGACUUGGGCCACAUGCGAGCAUCGUCACGGCCGCACAGGCGUCCGGGUAUGAGCAGGCUUUGGGGUAUAUCAGGCCGGGUGGGGUCGUCGUCGCCGUCGGGUUGCCUCCCGGAGCGGUGAUCAAGAGCGAAGUGUUUAGUCAUGGCAGCUACGUUGGGAACCGUCAAGAUGCGGAUGAAGCCAUCCAGCUCGCCGCGCUCGGCAAAGUCAAGUGCGAGUUCGUACUCAAGAAGCUCGAGGACUUGCCCCAGAUCUACGAGGAUAUGCAUCAGGGGAGGAUGGUCGGACGGACCGUUUUGAAGCUGCACUAA